CAUUUUUAUAUCGUUUAUUUCCACCCCAUCAUACGGUGAUUUUUCAGUCGGGGAGCCCAAUCAGAUAGAGUAGACAGGACAUGGCGGAGGAAGUGCUUGGAACCGUUAGGGAUGCCAUCAAGGGCAUCCUCGAGAAUGUGAGCGGAGGAGGCGCGCCAAAGAACGAGUCGGCGCCGCCGGUAGAGAAGGUGCCAUCAACGCCUGAGGGCAUAGCGGUGGCCUACGGCAGCCUGGUGGUGAUGGCCAUGCUGCCCAUCAUAUUUGGCUCCAUACGCUCCGUGAAGCUGCACAAGCUGAAGAAGUCGACGGGCGAGAAGGCCGAUACUAUGACGAAAAAGGAUGCCAUGUACUUCCCGUUGAUCGCUUCCGCAGCCCUGUUUGGCCUUUACCUGUUCUUCAAGGUGUUCCAGAAGGUGCACAUAAACUACCUGCUCACCGGGUACUUCUUUGUGCUAGGCGUGAUUGCGUUGGCGCACUUGCUCAGCCCGGUUAUCAACUCGCUGAUGCCGGCGGCGGUGCCCAAGGUGCCUUUCCACAUACUGUUCACCAAGGGCGAGGGCAAGCACAAGGAGGACAUUGUCAACUACAAGUUCUCCACGCACGAUAUUAUUUGCCUAGUGAUCUCCUCCGUGAUUGGUGUGUGGUAUCUGCUAAAGAAGCACUGGAUCGCCAACAACCUGUUCGGUCUGGCCUUUGCCAUCAACGGCGUGGAGAUGCUGCACCUGAACAAUUUCGUCACGGGCGUGAUCCUACUGAGCGGUCUGUUCUUCUACGACAUCUUCUGGGUGUUUGGCACCAAUGUGAUGGUCACGGUGGCCAAGAGCUUCGAGGCACCGAUCAAGCUAGUGUUCCCCCAGGACCUCAUCGAGCAUGGACUGAAUGCCUCCAACUUUGCCAUGUUGGGUCUGGGCGACAUCGUCAUUCCGGGCAUCUUCAUUGCUCUGCUGCUGCGCUUCGACGACAGCAAAAAGCGCAAGACGCGCAUUUACUUCUACUCCACGCUGAUUGCCUACUUCAUGGGUCUGCUUGCCACCAUAUUUGUGAUGCACGUCUUUAAGCACGCGCAGCCGGCGCUGCUCUACCUGGUGCCCGCCUGCAUGGGUACGCCGCUGCUAGUGGCGCUCGUCCGUGGGGAGCUUAAGGUUCUGUUCGCCUACGAAGACCAUCCUGAGGAAAAGCCAGAGAAGAAGGACAAGGAGGAGAGCACAUCCAGCUCCUCCGGCAGCAAAAAGAAAGAGUCCAAGAAGGCCAAGUAAGGCCGGGAGCAGACUCCAAUCUCCGAGAACAGCAUCUCCAUUCGUUCCAUCGUAAUAAAUGUCUUCUGCAGCCGCUAGCCAA